AUGUCCAACCCUCAGACUCCCUCGACCGCCGGCGAUUUUUCAGCAGCCUCGACACCCUUAAAGAAGUUCAAACUUGUAUUCCUGGGAGAGCAGAGUGUUGGAAAGACCAGUUUGAUCACUCGAUUUAUGUACGAUACCUUUGACAACACUUAUCAGGCGACCAUCGGUAUCGACUUUCUAUCAAAGACGAUGUAUCUAGAGGACAGGACGGUGAGGUUGCAGCUUUGGGAUACUGGUGACCAAGAACGAUUCCGUUCUUUGAUCCCUUCCUACAUUAGAGAUUCUUCGGUUGCCGUCAUUGUUUACGAUAUCACAAAUCGCAACUCUUUCCUCAACACCACCAAAUGGGUCGACGACGUCCGUAAUGAGCGAGGACAGGACGUCAUCAUUGUACUAGUUGGAAACAAGACGGAUUUGAACGACAAGCGUCAAGUAACUCCUGAAGAACUCGACAAGAGGGCGAAGGAAUUGGGUGUCAUGUCGAUCGAAACCUCUGCCAAAGCGGGGCUCAAUGUCAAGACCCUCUUCAAGAAGAUUGCUAUGGCGUUGCCUGGUGGGAGCGAGUCGAAGGACGCAGCGGCGACUAAAAUUGAUGUGUCGUCAACACCUCAAGAUGUGCCUCAGGCCUCUGCCUGUUCUUGCUAG